AUGGGAUCCAGCCGAUCUCGUAGAGAACUGAGCAGCGAAUGCAGACAUAGAUGCCACCAGGACCUCUUGGAUCACGAGGAGGCGGCCGGCCGGAACCACAGCCUGGCCCAACGGGUGCAGGACCUGGAGCAUCGGUACAGCGAGGCCAGCACCCUGCAGCACAUCCAGGCCACGCUGCUCUACGACAUGCAGGCGCAGAUAAACAACAUCUCCGUCCUGACCGACUGGGCCUGGCGUAACCCCACCUGCCUCAGCCCCGCCGAGAUGAGGCUGCAGGAGGAGAUGCAUCAUCCAGAGGUGAAGCAUGCCAGGAACUGCCCCAUCGACUGUGCUUCCGUUUACUACAACGGGCUCCGGCGAUCUGGGGUCUACAGCAUCAUGCCCUCGGUCGGCGGGAUGCCUAUUGAAGUGCUGUGUGAGAUGGACACUGAAGGUGGGGGCUGGACAGUCAUUCAGAGGCGUCAGGAUGGCUCAGUUGACUUCAACCGGACCUGGAACGAGUACAAGGAGGGCUUUGGGGACCUCAAUGGCGAGUUCUGGCUGGGCAACGAGAACAUCCACAAGAUGACGAGCCAAGGGGACUAUUCUCUGCGCAUCGACCUGGAGGACUGGAACAACAAGCACAAGCACGCCUUCUACCAGGUCUUCAGCAUUGAGGACGAGGCAAACUAUUACCGCCUGCACGUGGACGGGUUCAGCGGGACGGUGGAGGAUUCCUUUGCCUGGUACCACAACAAGAGGAGCUUCAGCACACCUGACUCGGGGAACAUCUGCGCCGAGAUUUCCCACGGAGGCUGGUGGUACCACCAGUGCUUUUUCUCCAACCUCAACGGGGUGUACUACAAGGGUGGCCGAUACUCCAUUAAAAACCGCAAGAUCCUGGGGCCGGAUGGUAUCGUGUGGUACUCGUGGAAGGACACAGACUACUAUUCCCUGAGGAAGGUGGUCAUGAUGAUUCGACCACGCACUUUCCGGCCCCACCUCUCCCCCUGA